CAUUCUGUUUUGUGUAAGUAUGAAUUCCCUUAAAAUUCAAUGGAACAUGCAAUACACGAGUGUAAGCGCUGGGUGUCAUCAUAGGGUCAAAGAACGUUCCUCAUCCAGAUCAAUCAUUAGCCUUUUGGGAAGACAAUCAUGGAGGAAGCGGAACGGGCAGAAUGAUAUAUCUAAGUGACACAUUUCGAGCGCAUUUUACUACUACAAUGGACAGUGCGAAAUAUACCGAGAAACUGCGGUUUCGUGCUGUUAGCGAAGUUUCGUUCAUAAACUUUACAUGAGAGAAUGGAAAGGAAUUUAUGACUGGUAGGCUAAUAAUGGCGGAUAUGAAUCGGCUCGCAGGAUCUGACCCUAUAUAUGCAACUGGACAAAAACUACAGACACGGGCUUUCCCCAGGCAAGAAGAAAACGCUGAUUAUUGAACGAAGACUUGAAAACCCAUGCAAAAAUAAGGCUGAGAAAGAAACUAAAGAAAACAAUGAGAUGAAAAAGACAUGCCAAGAGCAGCAAACACUGCAUACUUUUAUGACUCCAAGUAAUCCUCGUUCUCCACAUCGUAACAACCCCCUUUUCCCUAUUCAUGAGGAGAAUUCAUCGACAUGCACCGCCACUAAUACAAGAAAGCACGGAGAAGCGAGUCUAACAGUAGAGUUACAUUUGACUAAAGACAACAGUGAUCCGCACACCUCACCUUUUGGACCUAAAGAGAAGACCGUUUCAGUGCCGGAAGACGAUGGAACUCCACACGCAGCCUUUUCAAAUAAAUCUGAACACAGAAACCAUACAAAAGCCAAAGUGCCCAGACCAACACAGAAGAAAUCAGAAAGCAAAAUUCAACAACAUAACCGAAAGGUUACAGAUUAUUAUCCCAUUAGAAGGAGUUCAAGAAAAAGUAAGGCUGAACUUGAGUAUGAAGAACAACAACGCAUCGAUGACCUAAUCACAAAUAAUGUGGAAGAUGGACUCAAGGUUAAAUAUAUUGAAGGAAAAGGAAGAGGUGUUUUUGCAGACAGAGAAUUCCAUAAAGGCCAGUUUGUUGUUGAGUACCAUGGGGAUUUACUUAAAAUUGAUGAUGCAAAGAAGAGAGAGGCACAGUAUGCUCAAGACCCUACCAAAGGCUGCUACAUGUACUAUUUCCGUUACCUCAACAACUCCUACUGGUCUUCUGUGGCUGAUCGAUUACCUGUCCUAUCUUCCAAUCUCUUCUCUUUUGGUGGUCAAGCUUUCUUUGUACCUCCCCCCCCUGUGGAUGCUACUACAGAAACUGGCCGUUUGGGACGACUAAUCAAUCACAGAAAAAAUGGGAACUGCCAGACUAAAGUGCAUGACAUAAAUGGUAUACCUCAUCUUAUCUUGGUGGCAUCCAGAGACAUUAAAGUAGAAGAAGAGCUUCUUUAUGACUAUGGAGACCGUAGUAAAGAAGCUAUUGCUGCUCAUCCUUGGCUCAAGGACUGACACCCCUGGUCGUGUAAGGUUGUGGCUUUCUUUGUGUAUCUGAAAGAUGAGCUUUAGUCAUGUAAAACUGUAAAAUUUGUUUGUCUGCCUUCCAUUUUCUCACUGUUUUGCUUCACGUAUUUUUGGUAUUAUCCUAACAAUUCUUGUUUCUGUUAAAUCAAAAAAAAAUUCUGAGCUAUGUGUAUGUGAUGAAAGCAUUCAUGAAGAGCAUUCAAGCCCAAAAUUAUCUUGCAACAAUGGCUAAAGCUUUAAAGUGUAUGCUGAUAUGGUUGUAUUUAGAAUAUUUGCUAUUUAGAAACAAGACUUAAUCUAUGGAGCAUAGAUCAAGUGAAAUUGAGAUGGUGGUACUAGGCCAGUGUAAAGUGUGUGUGUGUGUGUGUGUGUGUGUGUGUG